AAAUGUCUUACCGUAGUCUCCUCAAAGCCACUGAUGGGUUCUCCUUGACUAAUUUGCUUGGUGUGGGUGGUUUUGGGUCUGUCUACAAAGGCAUACUUGAUAAUGAUGAAAAGCUUGUUGCAGUGAAGGUGCUAAACCUUCUAAACCCUAGAGCUUCCAAGAGCUUUAAAGCCGAAUGUGAGGUCUUGAGGAAUGUCAGGCAUCGAAAUCUUGUCAAGCUACUGACUGCAUGCUCUGGCAGUGACUAUCAAGGAAAUGAUUUCAAGGCUUUGGUUUAUGAAUUCAUGGUUAAUGGGAGCCUUGAGGAGUGGCUGCAUCCGAUAACUCCUGGAAUCGAUGAGGCACGUGAAUCAUCAAGGAGCUUGAACUUUGUUCAGAGACUUAACAUUGCCAUUGAUAUUUCUUGUGCUCUAGAGUAUCUUCACCGUGGUUGCAGAACACCAAUCGUUCACUGUGAUCUCAAGCCAAGCAAUGUUCUCCUCGACGAUGAAAUGAUAGGACAUGUAGGAGAUUUUGGGCUGGCAAGGUUCUUUCCUGAAGCCACUAAUAACCUAUCCUUUAAUCGGUCAAGCACCAAUGGAGUAAGAGGAACUAUUGGCUACACUGCUCCAGAAUAUGGUAUGGGAAAUGAAGUGUCGACAUCUGGUGAUGUAUUCAGUUAUGGAAUCCUGUUAUUGGAGAUGUUCUCAGGGAAGAGACCGACUGACGUAAUCUUUGAAGACAGCUUGAACCUUCAUACCUACAUGAAAGCUGCUUUGCCGGGAAAAGUGGAAGAAAUUUUGGAUCCAAUUCUUGUUCAGGAAAUAAAAGGAGAAAGAAGCAGCAGUUAUAUGUGGAAUAGCAAAGUGCAGGACUGCGUCGUUUCAGUAUUUGAAGUAGGAAUUGCUUGCUCUGCUGAAUUGCCUAGCGAACGGAUGGAUAUCAGUGAGGUUACUGCUGAGCUACAGGCGAUUAAAGAAAAACUUCUUAGAAGUGAAGACAUGGGGACACACGAAGUACAGGUAGUAUUGCAGUCAUGAAAAUCAUAUCAGCAAGAUAUUAUCAUCGGUGGAAAAUUAUUUGUUUUUUUUAUUAUUAUUUUAUUUAGUUUAGGAGUUUGGUUAAAACUAUAAUUAUUGAUUGUAUUUGUCUGUUGAGAGUCCGCCACAAUGCCAAAUAUUUGGUUAGGUUUUUUCU